AAGAAAUACAAUUCACUUCCAUACAUCACUAAAGAGAGUAAUAUGAUUUCUGACAAAAGAACAACAAUCAAAAUUGUAGUUGUUGUUCUUCUUUUAUGUGUGUUUGUUUCAGGAGAUGCAGAAGUGAGAUGCAUUGAGAGUGAGAGAGAAGCUCUUCUAAGCUUCAAGAAUGGCCUCAUCGAUGAGCAUGGUAUUCUUUCAUCGUGGCGAAGCGACGAAUGCUGCGAAUGGCAUGGUGUUGAGUGCAGCAACACCACUGGCCAUGUCAUCACCCUCCAACUUAAUUCACAUUAUUCUGCAAAGUUGAGAGGUAAGAUUGGCUCUUCAUUGCUUGAGUUGGAUCAUUUAAAUCAUCUUGACCUCAGUCAUAAUGAUUUUGGAGGCAUUCCGAUCCCAAAAUUCAUUGGUUCCAUGAAACAAUUACGACACUUGUCUCUUGAGUUUUGUUAUUUUAGUGGGAUUAUUCCUCCUCAGUUAGGGAAACUUACCAACCUACGCUCACUUGACCUUAGUUGGAAUGAAUUCGGAGAAAUUCCCAUCCCACAAUUCAUUGGUUCCAUGAACCAAUUACAACACUUGUCUCUUCAAUUCUCUAUGUUUUCUGGGAGCAUUCCUCCUCAGUUAGGGAACCUUACCAACCUACGUUCACUUGACCUUAGUCAGAAUGAUUUUGGAGGCAUUCCGAUCCCACAAUUCAUUGGUUCCAUGAAACAAUUACAACAUCUAUACCUUGGGGGUUGUAACUUUUCUGGGAGUAUUCCUCCUCAGUUGGGGAAUCUUACCAACCUACGCUUACUUGACGUCUCAUUCAACUCUUUGUGUUGUGUAUCUCUAUCUCAACUUGGUAUUGUAUUUAAAUCACUCAAAAUACUAGACUUGUCCAAUAAUCAUCUCAACGGAUCAAUGCCGGACCUGAGAGCAUUUCCUUCAUUGACAAAAUUGGACCUUUCAAACAAUAACUUUACCGGUUCCAUACCCGUAACUAUUGGCCAUCUCUCCAAGCUUCAAGAUCUAGAUCUUUCACAAAAUUCUUUCAAAGGUUCAGUUCCUCUAAGCAUUGGCCAACUCUCAAAUCUUCAAAGUCUAUAUCUUUCUCAUAAUUCUUUGGAAGGUUUAGUCUCUGAAUCCCACUUCUCCAAGCUUGAUAAGUUAAAGUCACUAGAUCUAUCCUUCAAUUCAUUCAUCUUGGAUAUUCCCUCUAAUUGGACUCCUCCUUUUCAGUUGGAUAAAUUGAAUUUAGCCUGGUGUAAAGUGGGCCCAUAUUUCCCAAAAUGGCUCCAAAGUCAGAGGAAUUUGACGUACCUUAAUCUCAAUGGCACCAAUAUAACAGAUGAAGUCCCUUGGUGGUUGUGGAGUACGUCUCCUUCGUUACAAUACUUAUUUCUCUCCAACAAUCAAAUAAGUGGCACAGUUCCGAAUCUCUUAUCCACCUCCAUUAGGUAUAUGGAUCUCAGUUACAAUCAAUUCCGAGGUCCUAUACCAUUAUUUCCUGUCAAUGCUUCGCACAUUCAGCUGAAUGGAAAUAUGUUCUCGGGUUCAAUUUCAUCUCUUUGCAAAACUCCCCAUGAUUAUCUCGAAUACUUUGAACUAUCAAACAAUCAGUUGACAGGAGAGGUUCCCAACUGUUGGGACAAAAUGCCAAGCUUGAGAUACCUCAAUUUGGCUAACAAUGGUUUUUUGGGUGAAAUUCCUUCCUCUUUCGGCAACUUAAAAGAAUUACUUGGACUCCUGUUGCAUAGUAAUGGCUUUUCUGGUUUGUUGCCAUACAAUUUGAGACAAUGCCAAGAAUUGACAAUCAUUGAUAUUGGAAGAAACAAGCUAACAGGAGAGAUCCCUACUUGGAUUGGCAUGCUGUAUCAAAUGCAAUUUCUAAACUUUCGUGGAAAUAAAUUGCAUGGCAGUAUUCCUCCCGAGAUAUGCAAUCUUACUAAUAUUCAAGUUCUAGAUUUAUCGAUAAACAAUCUGUCUUCGAUAAUACCUGAUUGCUUCGACAAUUUCACUCUCUUGGCAAGUGAGAGUAUCAGUGACACAUAUGCUUACGUAGGUACUAUUGGUACACAGUUUGGAGGCUACGAAACAUGGGAGUAUGAAUAUUCCUCAUUUCAAUGGAAAGGUAAGGAAUCAGAAUACAGGAAAAAUCUCGGGCUUCUCAAACUCAUUGAUCUUUCAAGCAAUAGAUUGACUGGGAACAUUCCCAAGUCAUUUUCCAGUAUGAGCAAUUUAAAUUCCUUGAAUCUUUCAAGAAAUAGUUUGACGGGUCAUAUUAUUCCAGACAUUGGUAAAAUGGAGAUACUAGAUUCUCUUGAUCUAUCUCAUAACCGGCUCUCGGGCAAGAUACCUCUAGGUUUGACAAAAAUAUACACUCUUGGUGUUCUUGAUUUGUCGAACAACAAUUUGGCUGGAAAAAUUCCAACGAGUACACAACUUCAAAGCUUCAAUGCAUCGUCUUAUGCCGGGAAUGAUGGACUUUGUGGCAACCCUCUACCGAUGUGCAUUGAAGGUAGCUUGAGGCCAUCCACCACUAAUCCGAUGGAUAACAUGAAUGAGAAAGACGGCAGCUACUUCUCAUUUAUGCAAGAAGUUGGGAUAUCAAUGGGCUUUGGUUUUAUCUUUGGAUUUUGGGGAGUUAUUGGCUCAUUCCUACUGAAGAAAUCAUGGAGAGUUGCAUUCUCUAACUUGUUGGAUGCUGUUGGAGAUUGGUUUUAUGUCAAGAUUGUUGUGGUUGUAUCCAAAUGGAGACGAAGCUGAAAUACAGCGGUGAAGGCACUUUAACAUUCAAUUAAGGUCGAACUCAUGGCUUGUUCUCAAUCUCUAAUUUUUUUAUGAAUUGCGGCAAUGUACUUUCACUUUGUUUCAGUUUCUUGCUUUCAUUUGUAAACUUUAUAUUUGUGUGUAUUUGUUUUUU